CCGAGCGGCGGCGGCGGCGGCCCCGGAGCGCGCCUGGGCCGGGCCCCGCAGCCAUGAAGAUCUGGACUUCGGAGCACGUGUUCGAUCACCCCUGGGAAACCGUGAUGACAGCUGCCAUGAGGAAAUACCCCAACCCCAUGAACCCCAGCGUGGUGGGAGUCGAUGUCCUGGACAGACACGUGGAUCCCAGCGGGAAGCUGCACAGCCACAGGCUCCUGAGCACAGAGUGGGGAAUCCCGGCCAUUGUGAAAUCGCUCAUCGGCACCUGCAGGACAAGGACGUACGUGCAGGAGCACUCUGUUGUUGACCCUGUGAAAAAAACAAUGGAACUUAAAUCCUGUAAUAUUUCAUUUACAAACCUCGUGUCAGUAGAUGAGAGGCUUGUCUAUAAACCACACCCUCAUGAACCACACAAAACCAUUCUGACACAAGAAGCAAUAAUAUCUGUAAAAGGUGUCAGUCUCAGCAGUUACCUAGAAGGGCUAAUGGCAAACACAAUUUCUUCCAAUGCUAAAAAAUGUCAUCUCUUCAACCUACCUGGACCUACUUGGUCUCACUUUUUUGGCCUCCCUGGACCCCUCCAGUGUCAAGACUUUAGCCUCCUUGGAACUCUUUAAAAUCCCCUUUUCAGAUUCAUUGGAUUUAUCCAGUCUGAGCUCUUCAUCCUCUGUGGAAUUCUCCAGUCUCACUUCUUCAUCCUCUCUGGACCUUUCAAGUCUCACGUCUUCAUUCUCCUCAGACUUCUCCAGUACCUCCUCUUCAAUUUCCUUAGAGCUCUCCAGUCUCACCUCUUCAGAUUCCUGGGAGCGCUCCAGUUUCUCCUCUUCAGUUUCACUGGACCUAUCAAGUCUCACUUCAUCAGGCUCUCUGGAUCAGUCUGGCGACAGUUCUUCAAUCUCUUUAGAUCUCUCAAGUGUCACCUCUCUAUCCACAGAUUUCUCCAGCCCUACUUCUUCACUCUCUCUAGACCUCUCCAGUCUCACUUCUUCAUCCUCCACAGAUGUUUCCAGUCUUGCCUCCUCAGCUUCCUUGGACUUUUCCUGUACAAUCCCUCCAUCCUCACCAGGUGUCUCCGAGUACAGCUCCUCCACCUCGUCAGAAUCUCUAGACCUCACCGAUUUUAAUUAUUUCAUGUUUCAGCGCUCCUCUGCAUUAUCUUCUUCAACUCCUGAGGAUGUUUCCAAUCUCAUCUCUACACCUUUUCUGGAUGUCUCCAAUCUCAGCUUUCAAGAUGCUUCUUCCCUCACUCCCUCAGUGUCUUUGGACAUGUCCCUCACAUCCUCAGUUCCCCCAGACUUGUCCACGCUCACAUUUCUGGAUGUUGCUAAUCGCACCACAGCAGCUUCUCUUGAUCUCUGCAUCUAACCCUCCUAACUUAUCCCCUUCUCUCUGCAACCCCUCUCUGUCCUUCUAAAUUUCUCUCCUUUACCUGCUCUUUCUUUUUUUUCUCUCUCUGAAAAUUUUAACCUGAGGAAAGUUUAGGGUUUUACAAAAUAUCUCCUGGCAUCUAAACUGGGCAUGAGAACAGAUCAUACAAAUCUAUAACGGUGCCUUGUAACAGCUGCAUAAACAUAAAUAUUUAUUCUAGAAUUUUUGUAGAUCACAUUUUCCAUCACUGAUUGAUAUCCAGUCUGCCUCAGCAGACCUCUCCCAAAGGUUUAGCUUUUUCAGUUCAUGCUGAAUUUUUAUCUAUCAAGACCAACAAAUAGUAAAUAGAGCUAAAUGUGUAAAUAAUUGCAUCCAGGUUCUAUAUCUCCAUUAUGAGUUUAUAUCUGAGUUAGUUUGACAGAAUUGCAGGCAGUGGCACUUCAUAGGCAGUACAGAGAGAGAAGGUGUGGUGGGAAAAGAAAAUUGUGGAGCAAAAAGGAGGUGAGAAAUGGGUUAGGGAGAGGAACCAGAGAAGCUGUGGGGCAGGAAUACAGGAGCAUGUAGCUGGAGAAAAACGCCCAGCUCAACUGGCAUGAUUUUUCUCUGCCAAGCCAUCUAUGUGGCCUGGGCUGCCCAUGAGGCUUUAAAUAAUCUUAGUGCUAAUUAUUUUUAUCUAUCAAAUCAUCAGGUGUUUCCAUUAAAGAAGCAUUUACAUGUAAAAUCCCCUUUCUCAGUUGAUGUAAGUACUGCAGUUACUUGUCUUGCAUCAAAUGUGCUGCUUAGCACAGAGGGGCUUCCCAAAAUCUUUGGUGCUGUCUUGUAUCUUUUUGUUAUCGUUACCACUGGGGCUUCAAAACCAAAUAUAUUUCCUUUCAAUAUCACUGGCAUCUUUCUGUUCUAAAAGUGCAGAAACAUGUUUGUCAUAACAAAUAUUUUUUAAUUAAUUUAUGCAAACUGGAAAGCUUUGCUCCAAUAUGCCAUAUCUGUCAAAAAUUAGAAUAUGUUUGACACAAAAAUAAAGAAGAAAACAAGUGCAAGUAAGUAGUGUUUUCUGCCUCGUUUACACUAGUUAUUUCUUUAAAAUUAAGUAGGAACAAUUGCAAUAUGUCUGUUUAAGAAAUUAACACAGAAUUUUAUAGGAGCAGAGUUGUUU